AUGUCGACCACGAUCCCAACUGUCGGAUUCAUCCAAGACCGUCUCCAUCAAUUUCCCUCGGCUUUGGUCAUCUUCCUUGCGGUCCUGCUCACCCUCCUCGGCGUGGGCAUCAACAAUGCUGGCGCGCGAUCGCUGUUGGUCGGUACUCAGUGGGGCAAAGAACCGGGCACUGAGACGAGUAAACCUUACAUCGGUGGUGGAGUCGGAGGGAUUGUGUUUGGUAUGGUGACUUUUGGUCGGUCUCAUAAAGAUGUGGCAACUCAGGAAGGCAAUCAAAAUACUGAGUUCGAGUCCCUUUCUUCCAGCUACUCUUGCAACAAUACUCCUAUUGGCCGUCAUCUCCGAGAAGCACGACCCAUCUGUUGGUCCAGGUAUGCUCUUUGCGCUGUGGGUAUGCACCGGUCUGGUCGGAGGCGCAUUCGGCGCGAGGUGGAGAUGGGCGGCUAGGAGUUGUUGUGGUGUGCUUGGAGGGUGCGUCUCUACCCUCGCUCCCUUCUUUUCCAUACCCCAGCUAAGCUCCCUCCUCGACCCACUUCGUAGUCUCUCCUUCUCUUACCUCAUCAUCGCCUCCUUACACCUCUCCUCCCUCCUCGCCCGUUCAAUCUUCACCCUCCUACUCACCCUCUUCAGCCUCGUGCUCUGUCUCCUCCCUCAAACCGUCAAAUUCCUCUCCGUCCUAUCCGCAUUCUCCGGCGCCUGGAUUCACUUCCUCGGGAUUGACCUCUUGAUGAAAAUAGGUUACGUAGACCUGACCGGUCUCUUGGUGGCCAAGUUUGGAGUUUCAGCCAGUGGUCAAGUCGAAGAGGAGGUGUUGGUCCUGGUCUGGGAAAAAGCAAGUUGGAGAGCUUGUGUUGCGGGAUGGUGGUUGAUGGGGUUGAGUGGGGCGGCUUGGCAAUGGUAUUGGGGUGGGGAGGCGGGAGGGAAAGAGAAAGUGAGAUCAGUCUCUUCUAUGAUAUGAUGGCUUCGACAGCUACUGAUGACUCUAUUUGGCGCUGCGACAUAGGUAGGGGACACCUACCUCUCGAGCCUCGUAUCGACGGGGGAAGCGCCUAAAGCCCUUCUCGGAACCUACACGCCACCCUCAGAAUCCUUCUUAACUCGUAUUUCCCACCUCUUCACUUUCUGGAAAACCUCUUCGACUCAAUCAGCAAGGUUCACCGAUCUCCCGAACCCGAGGACUAGGAAUGGAAGACGGAGGACGUCGACUUGGGAUGGGGAGGAGUUGCAUCAGGAUGGGAAUGAGGACAGGUUGAGUUCGAGGAUUUGGACGGACGAUGAAGAGGAUGAGUUGGGCGUCCAAUCCGACGAGGAGGGACAAUCGGAGGAGUUGAUUUUUGGAAGACGGGGAGGUAGGAAACGAGGUGGGAGGCGAGUAGAGGAACAUGAGUUGAAUUCCGUCAAGGAUUCACACAGGGGUUCGAACCCGGCGAAGUAUGAUACGCAGUGGUCGGACGAAGAAGGCGAUUAUGAGGUGGAUGAAGAGGAUCUCGGAUUGCAUGGUGGCACGAGCAGGGAUCUUCGCAGCAAGCCACCGGCCUAUUCGACUUCACCGACAAGGUAUAGCCUGGGCAGUGGUUGGUCGGGCACGACUUUGGGCGCUACGGGAGACGCCGCGGAUGCGGAUGUCGCUCAUCAUGGCAAGAGUGGGAUAGCUCCGGGGUCCGGCCGUGAUCCCCCGUCUUCGCAAGGCGCUGUACGAGGCCGUUCCGACCACCCGUCGAACGCCGAUCGGCCUCGAAAGGAAUUCUUUCCUCCGAACCAAGCCGAGAGCCCCACCCGAGUCCCCCUCCCCGCGACCCCUUCUCUCCGCAAAGCGAUCGACCGCAUCGACGUUGCUCAACGCCAAGCUCGUUCAGAAACCCCUACGACUCCGCAGAAGAACCCCUUCCAUCACCCUUCCGACGAAUCCACGGAAUACGAGACGGACCUGGGGAACGGUAAGAGUUCGCGACCUGUGUCGAUCAAGAGCACGUCAAGUCAGGCAAGUUACGACGCGUGGUGGGCGGAGGUGAUUGCCAAGUCCAAGGCGAAGUGA